AUGCACACCAGCCAAGUUUACAGAGAGCGUAUUACUCUAAAUAGUGGAUCACACAAAUGGCGGCAACACCGUUGUUUUAAAAUAAUCGGCAUUUCCGUUAGUUUUAUAAUCGUUGUUGCUGUUGUUCUUGCUCUGGUGUUUAACUUCGUUGUUUUUGCACCGAAAAAAUCAGAAACUAGUACCACUUCCGCAACAUCAUCGUCACCACUAACCACAACAAUAUCAACACCACCAUCAUUAUCAACAACACCACCACUAGUGACAUCGUCUACAACUUUACCACAAACAACAGUUAUGACUACAACUCAGCAGCCAGUUAGUCCAUCAGCUUUAAUUGAUUCUUCUGCUCCCUGGAUACGUCAGAGUCCAGGUUUCGGACACGAUACGAUGGGGUCUAUUCCCUAG